GGGUAACAAACUUUGAUUUAGUAAAAACUAAACUUUUCUAAUUAUUAUUUUUAUAUUUGUGGCAUUUUAAGAAAAAUGAACGUAGAGUUUGUGAGCAAACUAGAAAAAUUGGAUUAAUUAUAUUUCUUUACAACUCAUGUGUUUGUUAUUUUGUAUAAAAUUCUAGUAGUUAAGAUAAACAAAAUAAUUUGCUUUUGUUUGAGGAGUUCAAUUUUGGUUGAUAAGUGGGGGAACCGAAGGUAUAAAGAGGCAAAUCCUGGCAUAGAACACAAUUUUAAAGCUAGUAGACCUACGGUUAAAAAGCGGAGCGAUUGUGAAUUUUUAAGAUCAUUGUGAAAUUGAAAAAUAAGCAGAAUGCAGAUCUUCGUUAAGACCUUAACUGGUAAAACCAUUACCUUGGAAGUUGAACCCUCCGACACGAUUGAAAAUGUCAAGGCUAAAAUCCAAGAUAAGGAAGGUAUUCCACCAGAUCAGCAGCGUCUGAUCUUUGCCGGAAAACAAUUGGAAGAUGGUAGAACCCUAUCUGAUUACAACAUCCAGAAGGAAUCUACUCUCCACUUGGUGUUGAGAUUGAGAGGUGGUAUGCAAAUAUUCGUUAAGACCUUGACUGGCAAGACCAUCACCUUGGAAGUCGAACCCUCAGACACAAUUGAAAACGUUAAGGCUAAGAUCCAAGAUAAAGAGGGAAUUCCACCGGAUCAGCAACGUUUGAUCUUCGCCGGAAAACAAUUGGAAGACGGUAGAACUUUGUCCGACUACAACAUCCAGAAGGAAUCUACUCUUCACUUGGUAUUGAGAUUAAGAGGUGGUAUGCAAAUUUUUGUCAAGACUUUGACUGGCAAGACCAUCACUUUGGAAGUAGAACCCUCAGACACAAUUGAAAAUGUCAAGGCUAAAAUCCAAGAUAAAGAGGGAAUUCCACCGGAUCAGCAACGUUUGAUCUUCGCCGGAAAACAAUUGGAAGACGGUAGAACUUUGUCCGACUACAACAUCCAGAAGGAAUCUACUCUCCACUUGGUAUUGAGAUUAAGAGGUGGCAUGCAAAUUUUUGUCAAGACUUUGACUGGCAAGACCAUCACUUUGGAAGUAGAACCCUCAGACACAAUUGAAAAUGUCAAGGCUAAAAUCCAAGAUAAAGAGGGAAUUCCACCGGAUCAGCAACGUUUGAUCUUCGCCGGAAAACAAUUGGAAGACGGUAGAACUUUGUCCGACUAUAACAUCCAGAAGGAAUCUACUCUCCACUUGGUAUUGAGAUUAAGAGGUGGCAUGCAAAUUUUUGUCAAGACUUUGACUGGCAAGACCAUCACUUUGGAAGUAGAACCCUCAGACACAAUUGAAAAUGUCAAGGCUAAAAUCCAAGAUAAAGAGGGAAUACCACCGGAUCAGCAACGUUUGAUCUUCGCCGGAAAACAAUUGGAAGACGGUAGAACUUUGUCCGACUACAACAUCCAGAAGGAAUCUACUCUCCACUUGGUAUUGAGAUUAAGAGGUGGCAUGCAAAUUUUUGUCAAGACUUUGACUGGCAAGACCAUCACUUUGGAAGUAGAACCCUCAGACACAAUUGAAAAUGUCAAGGCUAAAAUCCAAGAUAAAGAGGGAAUUCCACCGGAUCAGCAACGUUUGAUCUUCGCCGGAAAACAAUUGGAAGACGGUAGAACUUUGUCCGACUACAACAUCCAGAAGGAAUCUACUCUCCACUUGGUAUUGAGAUUAAGAGGUGGCAUGCAAAUUUUUGUCAAGACUUUAACUGGCAAGACCAUCACUUUGGAAGUAGAACCCUCAGACACAAUUGAAAAUGUCAAGGCUAAAAUCCAAGAUAAAGAGGGAAUACCACCGGAUCAGCAACGUUUGAUCUUCGCCGGAAAACAAUUGGAAGACGGUAGAACUUUGUCCGACUACAACAUCCAGAAGGAAUCUACUCUCCACUUGGUAUUGAGAUUAAGAGGUGGCAUGCAAAUUUUUGUCAAGACUUUGACUGGCAAGACCAUAACUUUGGAAGUAGAACCCUCAGACACAAUUGAAAAUGUCAAGGCUAAAAUCCAAGAUAAAGAGGGAAUUCCACCGGAUCAGCAACGUUUGAUCUUCGCCGGAAAACAAUUGGAAGACGGUAGAACUUUGUCUGACUACAACAUCCAGAAGGAAUCUACUCUCCACUUGGUAUUGAGAUUAAGAGGUGGCAUGCAAAUUUUUGUCAAGACUUUAACUGGCAAGACCAUCACUUUGGAAGUAGAACCCUCAGACACAAUUGAAAAUGUCAAGGCUAAAAUCCAAGAUAAAGAGGGAAUUCCACCGGAUCAGCAACGUUUGAUCUUCGCCGGAAAACAAUUGGAAGACGGUAGAACUUUGUCCGACUACAACAUCCAGAAGGAAUCUACUCUCCACUUGGUAUUGAGAUUAAGAGGUGGCAUGCAAAUUUUUGUCAAGACUUUGACUGGCAAGACCAUAACUUUGGAAGUAGAACCCUCAGACACAAUUGAAAAUGUCAAGGCUAAAAUCCAAGAUAAAGAGGGAAUUCCACCGGAUCAGCAACGUUUGAUCUUCGCCGGAAAACAAUUGGAAGAUGGCAGAACUCUUUCUGACUACAACAUCCAAAAAGAAUCUACUCUUCAUUUGGUAUUGCGUUUGAGAGGCGGAAAUUGAUUUAUUUUUGUUUUUGAUUUCUUUAAAAGGCUGAUUUUUUAUUUCAAUACUGCUUGAUAAUACAAAAUAAAAUGAUCUUGAUC